AUGCCAAUAAAUGAGUAUAAUCAAAGAGUUGCUGAUCCACUACCAGAAUGGCAACCUAGAGAGCUACCAAAAAAAGUUACUUUGAAAGGUAAAUUUUGUACAAUUGUACCAUUAGACUUAGAGGAGCAUAGUCAAGAUUUAUUCGACGCUUAUGCUUUAGUCGGUGAUGGUAGAACAUGGACAUACCUUAGAUUGGGACCAUUUGAGACGCUUCAAGAGUUUAGAAAAGGUUGGGAGGAUUUGCCAAAGGAAGAUACAGAUAUAUUUUUUUCAAUCAUUGAUAAUAAUACAAAUAAGCCAAUAGGGAUAUUCAAUUUAAGAAAAUGUGAUCCAGCCAAUGGUGUCGUUGAAGAGGGAUAUGUAACUUUUUCUCCAUUGUUACAACGUACUAAAAUGGCUACAGAGGCCAAUUAUCUAUUGGCUCAAUAUGUUUUCAAUACAUUGAAAUAUAGGCGUUUCGAAUGGCAAUGUGUUGAUUUGAAUAUGCCAUCACACAAUGCUGCUUUAAGACUAGGUUUUAAAUACGAGGGUACUUUGAGACAGAACAUGGUAUUUAAAGGUAGAAACAGGGACACGACCUGGUUGUCGAUUAUUGACAAAGAAUGGCCAGUAAUUCAACAUGCCUUUGAACAAUGGCUAGAUGAUUCUAACUUUGAUAGCAAAGGUAAACAAUUACAAAGAUUGCAGGAUAUCAGAAAGUGUCUAUGUAAGUAG